AUGAUCGGAAUGACCAUCAAGAAGAAGGCCACGGUAGCGGCUGCACUGGUGCUCCUCGCCACUGUGACAAGCGCUCCUUUGGCUGCCGCUCAGUCGAUCACUACAGAGGUCACUGUCAGUGGCACUCCGACCACCACUGUCAUCUCUCCUUCUCCUACUGGUCGAGGGUAUUGCGAGUUCUUUGUGGACCACUGGGACUGCGACUCAACCCGUCCGGAAGCUACUGCCGUCGCAGCGACGACCGCAAGUGCUUCCAGCUCCGCAGCAACCAUCGAGCCGUCUCCCGUUGGCCAGAGCUGCACGCUCCACGGCGACCACUACCACUGCGAUGGCCCUUCCACAGCGACGGCCGUAGCAGCAGCAGCAGAGGCGAGCCCCACCGGCCGAGGCUCGUGCACCUUCCACGGCGAUCACUGGGACUGUGACGGCGACUCCGCCGACUCGCACGCAGGCCACGACCACUCCGGGCACAGCCACGCCGGGCACUCGCACGGCCCCGACGCAGUCUACGGUUGCGGUCUCGCCCCUCUCGAGGACUACAACCUUCCUCUGCACAUCGGAACGAUUUUCAUCCUCCUCGCUUCGUCCGCCUUUGGCUCGUACUUUCCCAUCCUGGUCCACUCGAAGAACGGAGAGCGCAAGUGGACCGACGAGGUGUUCUUCGUCUGCCGUCACUUUGGUACGGGAGUGCUGAUCAGUACGGCGUUCGUCCACCUGUUGAGCCACGCGAUGCUCUACUGGUCGAACGAGUGCGUGGGCGAGCUCAAGUACGAAGCGACGGGACCGGCGAUUGCGAUGGCUGCGGUGUGGCUGGUGUUCUUGGUCGACUUUUUCCUCCUCCGCGCGCUGAGGAAGCGAAGCGGUGCUGGUUCGGUCUGCAGCCACGACGGUGAGCAGCAGCUUGCGUCCGCCCACACGGUCGAGAAGCGCGAGUCCCACUCUUCGCUCGACCACUCCGCAUCGGAGGAGAGCACCUACGGCGGUCUCACUUAUGCUCAGGCCAAAGUGGCCGAAUGGGACGUGAUCGCCAUCGAGCUGGGUAUCAUCUUCCACUCGAUCCUCAUCGGCAUCACGCUCGGCGUCGCCACUGGCGCUGGCUUUGUUGCGCUGCUCAUCGCGAUCACCUUCCACCAGCUGUUCGAGGGGCUUGCGCUCGGCUCGCGUCUCUCGCUGCUCACGUGGAAGGGUGCGUGGUACAAAGUGAUUAUGGCGACGGCGUUUGUGCUGACGACGCCGCUGGGUGUCGCCAUCGGUGUGGGUGUGAGGUCCAAGUUCAACGGCAACGGCGCGGGGACGCUUAUCGUCCUCGGCACGUUCCACGCGCUCAGCGCGGGUAUCCUGCUCUACACCGCCCUCGUCGAGCUGCUCAGCGGCGACUUCAUUCACAGUAAGCAGAUGCAGAACAGCUCGUUGGGCAGGUGCAUCGCUGCCGUCGCCGCGCUGACAAUCGGUAUCAUGGCCAUGUCGGUGCUCGCGCUGUGGGCUUAG